AUACAGUAACCAUUUGCUACGAACCUGAUAACACAAUGAACUGGCAAAGAAAAAUGCUCAGUUCAAUUAUUUUUAUUUUAUAUUUAGGCGUCUCUUUCGGAUUAGACGUCUGUAUUAAACAUGUUAUUUAAAAAACAACACAAGUUUAUAUUAAUAAAUUUCUCAUUAAUUUCUUUUUUUCUUUGUUUUUCUCCUUCUUUAGGAUCCUUUGUUUAAUAAAAAGAAGUAUUUGGAGCUGUCAGUUGUUUGCGAUAAAGGAUGUGUAAGCGUCUAAUUUACUUCCUUAAUCCUUUAAUAAUUACAUAAAGUUUCGUUGAUUUCCUUAUAGUAUUCGCUUUUAGUGAGGGGAGGACAAGAUCCUGUUCAACAUAUGUACAAACUAAUUAGCGAAACUGAAAAGGCAAAUAGUUUAAAUUGUCGCUAUUUAAUCGUGAAAUAGAAUGAUUGUUUAUAGAUAAUGGCUCAAUUAAAUGUUCAAUUGAUUGUUACGGAUAUUGAAAUUUGGAAUGCGAAAAAUAUGAUUCCUUUUAAUGCUGAUCUUAAGACUUAUAUGUUAGGAAUGAGAGAUUAUAGGGAAGAGUCCUUGAACUUGAAAAGAUGGUCCGACGCUACCUUGCUUGUUACGUAAUGAAUUUUUAUUUAUUUAUCUAAUUUUGUAGCGAUUUAAUGAAUUUUCUUUUCUUUUAAGAGGAUACAUCUUCCGAUCGGAGCUUGGAUGGUAUAUGUUCGACGCUGUCUGCAGCAAGGGAGACGCAGUUGGAGUUGUUAGACUAAGAGGCUCUAGAUUAUCAAAACUCGAAGCUGUUCUUACUGCUCACGAACUUGGUCAUGGACUUGGUCUAAAUCACGACGAAACUGGUAAAGACUGCUGCGAAUCCGGAGAUGGAAACUGUGUUAUGGCUCCUAUAGUGAGAAGUUCAAAUGCAAAAUUCGGUAGAUGCAGUAUCGAAAGAUUUGCCUAUCAUAUAAGACAACCAUAUAGAACUUGCCUAUUUGAUAAACCAACUUAUGCUAUGAACGUUAAUCGACCAAAUAAGUGCGGAAAUGGUGUUGUAGAUGAGAAUGAAGAAUGUGAUUGCGGAGCUAGUAAUCUUAAUAAUUGCGCUACAUGCUGCGAUAUGACGACGUGCAAACUUUCCACCGGAAGUGCCUGUUACGAAGGAGAUUGUUGCGAUACAUCUACUUGUCAAUUUCAACCAUCUACGCAUACCUGUAAACAGUCGGUUGGAGAUUGCGAUAUUGCAGAUAAAUGUUCCGGUUCUUCUGCACAGUGUAUCGAUACUUUUAAAUCGAAUGGUCAUGAUUGUUCCGAUAAACAGGGAGAGAAAGGUUAUUGCCUUAGCGGAAUUUGUUCUACAAAGACGAUGGCGUGUCAAGCAGCUUGGAAUUCUGAUUAUAAGGCGGCACAUGACUCUUGCUACAGAACAUCAUUAAACUGGGCUAGUGAAAUGAGUCAUUGCGGUAGUCCGCAAAGCGACGUCUAUUCAAAGUGUACAACUGGAACGGAAAACAAUUUUCAAUGCGGUUUGCUUCAAUGCGAUUCUGAUAACACAAACUACGUCCUAGAAAUACAAGGUUCUCAACGCGCUCAAUCAUAUCGUGCUGGUGACAAAAGAUGCUUAUUUAUACAACAUGGUGGCUGGGAUAUGGAAGUUGGUAAAGGUUCUGGACCCUAUAUGGUUCCUGAUGGUACUAAAUGUGGUGACGGAAAGGCUUGCUAUAAACAAGCUUGUUUGGAUAAGAGUCAGGCCUAUGAUAUGAUUAAAAGUGCUAAGGAACAGAAUACCGCCUCUACUUCCAUUUGCGGUAAUGGCGUAAAAGAGGAUGGGGAAGAAUGUGACUGUGGCGCAACACAAUGUGGUUGCUGCAAUCAAAGAACAUGUAAACUUGAAAAAGUUGGUUCAAAAUGUCUAACGAAUGAUUGUAAAGUUUGUGAUGGAGCUUCAAUCCAUUGUCCAAGUGCAGCAAAUUACAACAGAGCAAACUUCGAAAAAUGUGAUUCUGAAAAUGGCCAAUGCUUUAAAGGUCUUUGUAGGUCAUUGAGACAAACUUGUAAGAAAUAUUUUGGAGAAUCAGCCGAACCUGAUCUCCAACAGAUCAAGAGAAAUGCAUUGCCUGGUAAUUAUCUGUUCAAUGGCGGAGGAUUUUUGAUAUUAAGUUCAGCUGGAAAAGUUUACAGAUAUUACGAAUUUAAGCCAACAAAUGGAGAUGGAGUUUGCGGUGUUGUUCAUUGUAUUUUACCAUACGGUACUAACCCGAAAAUAAGUAAUUACCCAACAAGAGGAUAUACUUCAAGGCGAUCAUCAAGUUAUCCAACAAAGAUGGCUUACUUUUCGAAUUUAUCACCAUUUUCUAUUCGAGGAGUGUCUCAUAGAAUCUACUACCCUCUUAUGAAUGAAAUGGGAGCACCAUGCAAAACGAAUACUGGAGCAAGUGGAUAUUGUUGGCCUUGGUUUAGACGACUUGAUACUAUGUCUAGGAUUGUUAAAUACUACUAUUCUGAAUGCUUACCUAUUUAAGUAAAGAAAAAUUACUUAAUAGAAUUCGGAAUCAAUUUAAAAUUGUAUAUAUAGUAUAAUGGUUAUUGGACGCACUACUGUAUAUGUUCUAUAUAAACAUACAUAAAAAAUGAAAGAUCUCUCCAUGUUCAGUGAAUAAAAUGAUGUCAAAAUGUUAAUUAAACUGGAAUUACGUAAUCAUUUUCACAGAUUUCAACUACGAAAAAUUAUUAUUUAAAUAAUCUUUCAACUAAAAUGAAGAAAUAAUUAACCUUUGAUUUAUGUUAUAGAAGCGAUUAUCUCUAUCUUUCUUUUCUUUCUCCUUGAGUUUGUUCUCUUUUAUUACGCAUGUAAGAAAAAAGUGUCCUUAAAUUAAAACUAUAUUAAAGGACAUGUUAUAGCAUGCCAUUCAAGGACUAGUUGGCUUAUUUCAAAUUAGUUAGAAAUCUCAUGCAGAAAAAAGCCCCCUCAGCAUUUUUUAUUUAGGAUUAAAAUGCUAUUAUCAUUAAGAAUGUCAAUGUUGAAGGGCAAUAGAAGAUAUAUUAGAUAGUAAACAAUAUUUGAAAAGCACAAACAAAUUGAAAACUGAUCAUUUAACGGGAUACUUGACAUAAUUAUUUGACUAGUCCUAUAGGACAGACAGUAAAAGUUAAAAUAUACAUUAAUAAUAUAUUCUAUUGACGUUUAUGGUUUAUGCAAAUUACGAAGAUUAUUAGAAAAUUCUUAUUAAAU